AUGCAUCGCAAAAGCCCAUCACAUUUAUUUAAAGCUUGGCCAAAUACUACCAAGCACUGGGUGGAAUCACUGAAAAACCGUGGUUUCGACAAGAGGGAUGUCUUAUCACAUGUGGGAGAUUUGAGGAAAGCUAAUGGUCCAUUCAGCAAUCAAUCGAAAGGAUGGGCCGAGGAGAAGUAUCCUCCAUCCAUUGAGGAAAUUGAAAGAGUUUUUGAUGAAAAGCACAAUGCGAAAAGAGAUAAAUCCUCAGCAAAAGUGGAUUCUAAUAGAGGUGUGUAUCGAUCGGAUAAAUUUUCAAGUAAACCUAGUGGAGGCUUUACUGAUCACGUCCCAUCAAACUAUAUCUGCAACAGAUGUGGGAAGCAUGGCCACUUGGUCAAACAAUGUCCAACAAACAUGGAUCCUGCCUUUGACAAACAACCACCAGAAACUUACCAAUGCUUAAUAUGCAAUAAAUUUGGAGAGCAUUGGUACUCCUUGUGCCCGAGGAACACAAAAGAAGACUCUAUCACCCAAAAACGUUUGGCUGCCGGGAUAGAUGUUACAACUCGACACAGAAGCUUCGAUGAAAGAGAUUAUUAUAAGGCAGGCCUGGGCGGAACAUCGAGGCCCGAUGAUAUCAAUCACAAAGGUCGGCACCCAGAUACGAGGCAUUGGCGUGGUGAGAAAAGGGAGGCGUCGGAAAAAGCAGGAUCUGUUGAAAAGAGACAAGCGAUAGCUUUGAAUCACUACAGUGAAGUGUCAAAAUUGCCAGUUAACAACGAUAAACUCGAACUUCUUGCCGACAUCGAAGAUCGCAUACAGAAGGCCUCAGUUGCCAUGGCACAAGAGACAGGAAUGUCAAUUGAAGGUGUGACAGAAAUGACCGGCGUGACCAUAUCAAAUAUAGCGACUACCAUUAUAGCAUCGAAUCGCAAACGUGCUCGUUCCAUAGAGUUUGAUGAUGUUGGUUGCGAGGAGUAUGAGCGAAAAAUUAGACAAAAAUUUGAAGGUGAUGACAAAGACGAGCUGAUGCAUAGAGCUGAUGAUGAGAGGUUUUUGCACUCGGACGACGGAAGACAAGAUGCAGACUCGGGUGGGAUUUUCAAAGAAACAGAUCCAUUCACUGAAGAAUUUGAAUUACGCCAGGUCUUGCCAUCCCUAAGCUUGAUGGAUCAAACUGAAUGGUCUUCGAAACUCUCACAGCCCGAUGUGACCAUAUGUCCACGAGAAAUGUCACCUACGGAUACUUCUAGCGAGGAUAAUAUUCAGACUCCCACAGAUGAUAUGGAACAAGCCUGUGAUUCGCCACGUGUUCGUUCAGAGACACCAGAGAAAACCUACACUGAUUUUGUCAAGAGCUUGAUCGAGAAUCGAACAGAAGGUCAAAUUGUAAACCGAAGAAGACGCCGCCGCACAGCGUUAGAGUAUUGGAAUGAAGAUGAUCAACGUCGAAUGGGACAAUUGAAUACUUCAACAUCGUCUCCGCGAAGCUCUCCUACAGUGUCUUCCAUGUCUUCACUAGGCUCAGAUCGCACAGAUGACGCUAUCGACGUAGACCAUCCAUCUGAACAAGCUCUUAGAGAAGACCCUUACUUCAGUCUUGAUAAUAAUACGCCGGAGUCGCCAGGUUGUCAUACCGCCAUGCAAGAGGCAAUGCCCGGGGUCUUAACACAUGUUUCAAAUAAAACAUAUUGA